CCAUUAACAUUGGCUGAGAACUAGGGGGAGUGAGGUGGGGGCUGACGCUCACCUGUACCUGCUCAAAGGAGUGCCACUCGUCGUCAUCGUCCGACUCCGAUUCGCCUGAAUCCACUUUCCCGUCUUCAAGCAGGAAUAGCCUCCCGGACAGGUAGAAAUCAACCAGGGCGGCUGGAAGCUGACCGAGGGACUGCAACAGGACGCCAAGCAUGGAGCCGAUCACGUCCUGGAGCGAGGAGACAGUCUGCCAGUGGCUCCAAGGUCUGGACGCACCCUUGCAUCGGUAUGCCGUCUCGGAGUGGCAUCUCUCCGGGCUGGAGCUGCUCCAGUUGACCUCUGAGGACCUGCACAGGCUGGGGGUUUCCAAGAUCGGCCAUCAGGAGCUGAUCCUCGAGGCUGUGGAGAAGCUCUGCUCCUUGACGUACGGCAGCGGUGGGGAGAACCUCCAAGGUUUUACGGAGAAGCUGCGAGCCGUGGCCCACACCCUCCAGAUGGGCAUCCAGGGCCGCUGGCGACACAACAGCGAUGAUGGGCAGACCGCCACCAGGCUGCCCACCAGUGUUCUGCAUGUCGUGGUGGAGCUCAUCUCCUCUGCCAAAGGGCUCUUCUCUUUACUGAACAGGUAUCAGUUCUCCCAGCUGAGCGGACACGCCACCAGCAAGAAAAUAUUUGGCCACUGCAAAGAACUCGGGGAGAUUGUGCAAAAGAAAAACACAUCUGUCUAUGAGAAGGAGAAGGACAUCAUCUCUGUGUGUCGUCAGUUGGUGGUGGUGUGCGACGAGAUCCUGAGCUGCAGCUCGGAGACUCUCCUCACCAACACUGCCAAACUAGAGAGCGUGGACCUUGUACCUGUGUCACCUGGAGAACAUCUGGGCAUUGAGAUAACAUCCAUUGGCUCCAGCAGCCACUAUGUGACUGGAACUGCAACAGAGCCAUCAAGCGAUGUCGCAAAGAUCCUGGCCGGGGAUGAAGUGAUCAAAGUCAACAACCAGAUAGUGGUGGGCUGGAGCAGGGCUAACCUUGUGAAGAAACUACGGGAGAAUCCCAGCGGGGUCACUUUGGUCCUGAAGAAGUCUUCUGGGUCACUGACCCGCCGAGAUCCAGUCCGACGGAUCCCCACUGCGCAGGAGGAGGACGACGACGACAAAGAAGACAGUUUGGAGGAGGAAGAAGAAGAAGAAGAGGGGGAAGAGGACAAUCCCAGGCACUCCAUAUUUGAGCGAGUAGCAGCUUCUGUCAGGUCCCUAUCUUUCAGGAGAGCCGUUCAAGGUCCAGAAGUGACUGAGGAGCCUAUAGGACAGGAGGAGUCUGAGCUGUCUGCAGACAAGGAGCUUGAAGGUGGGCUCACGCCAUAUCAAGACCAACAAGAAGAUUCAUCGCUACUAUCAGCCUCAGGCGAGUUUUAUAGUUUGGCUGGUUCAAGACUUUCGCCAGGGCUCACCAGAAGAGCUCGUACGCCGUCGCCCAGAAGCAUUUCACCCUACGGAUUCUUUGGAAAUUCUUCAUCUCUCGACAUCCGCCAAGACCGAGCAAGUGUCUGUUCCUGUCCUGAAAUGGUGGGCCACACGGGAAAUAAGGACACAAAGAAGAGUUCUACGAAAGGGAUGUCGACAGCCCUCAGUCGACGUCGCGUGUCCUGCCGCGAGCUGGUACUCCCUGACUGCGAUGGCUGGCUGUGGAAGAAGAGACGGGAGAGUAGCGUCUUCAUCGCCCAGAAGUGGCAACGCUUCUGGUUCGUCCUCAAGGGGCCGUGCCUUUACUGGUACACCAGCCAACAGGAGGAGAAGGCAGAGGGUUUGGUCAACAUCAGCAGUUACAAGAUAGCGGGCGCUGGCGAGCACAAGAGGAAAUAUGUGUUCAACAUGUGCCACGAACAUUUUCGCAACUUCUUCUUUGCCGCCGACCACGUCAGCGACAUGAGCAAGUGGAUUAACGCUCUUAUCACAGCCAUACAGAAGCACGAGAAGCUUAGCCCAGGUCCAGAGAGUGAAGAAGAGUGUUACAGCGAGACUGAAUCGGAGACUGAGAGCUCCCCGUCACCCCGGAGAAGAAAUAAGAAAGUGCAGUCUAGCACUCUGCCUCGCCGCAAGCGCAACAAGACCAACAAGGUGCCACUGUCAAGUCCUGCAACAGGGGGCAGCAAAGGGACAGCAGUGCCAGAAGACGAGAUGGGCAAGAUGUUGAACAACAUAAAGGAAGGAGGAGUCUCUCUGAUGGGCCACGAGCAGCCGUUGACACACGACCACUUCAGGAGGUCGUUCAUUCGCCGCAACAAGAACCCCGUCAUCAACGAGAAAGCUCACACUCUCCGGGCGCUGCAGAGCACCCUAAAGGUCAAACUACAUGCAGGUAAUGUGGGUCCAUAGCUGAUACAGUGCGACUCAAGUUCUUCACAACAGAGAGGGGCACUCUCACAAGGCAAGGUAAGUACUGUAGUAGUUACUUAGAAGUACAAUAAGGUAGCAUAUGAGAGGAGACCGAGGGCAGCAAGAAAACAAAACACUGCAGCAAAAUAGUAGCUGCUUUUUUUCGCAGAAAUGUGUCAAUAGAUUUCUGUUGCUACCAUGCAGUGGGUAUUAAGGGGCUAAAAAGGGACAUGUAUGUUUCCAAAAUUGGAAACCUUUAGGGUAGAAAAGCAGAAAUCACAGCAAAGUAGGGUGUCAAAUGUAAGUAUGAUUAAGGAGGAGGAUGAGGGCAGCAGUGAGAAGACGUUUCUGGGAAAAUGACACUCAACCAGGCAUGUGCUCAGCUUCCAUCUCUCAGUGAAGCAGGAACUGUGUCUUUAUGAUAAACAUCUCCACUUCUUUAACCCCAACAACCUCGCCACUGCCUGACUGACACCUCCUCCUCCUCCGCCUCCGCCUCCUCCUUCCUCAUCCACCUUUCCUGUCUCCAUCCCUCUUCCUUUAUGGAAGAGCGCCGGGAUUCCCGUGGGAUAGUGGAGGAGGACAGCUUUCCAGGACUGUUGCUUCAUCAACUCAAAUAAAAACCAGGGAACAUGUUCAGACCACCGCACUCUCGUCUCGCCGCUGAAACCUUCCACAGGCAUCUGAACAUUCUUUUUUUUUUCCACGAUGUUCUCAUUUGCCAUCAAUCACUGUUUCAUCAAUCAAUAUUUGCCAGUGCAGCCCUUCAUCAUGUGUAGCGACAUAUUUGGCAACAAAAGUUCUGCAUAGUUUUUGCAGUCAAUUGUAUAUUCUAAUGGCGUUCAUGCUGAAAUUAAGAAAAAAGAUUUUUGUUGCAAAAAAAAAGUUAACGUGAACGAAACAGUUUUACGGGAAUAAAGUUGUAACCGUCCCAGAAAAUAUACCUAAUGAAAAUAUUUUUGCGUAGGAGUGACAAUGAAAAUCUCGCCCAAAAAUUGUCCCACGUUAUGAUGAUAAAGUCAGAUUUUUACCAGAACAAAACAAUUUUACGAGCAUAACAUUGUAAUCUUCACCAAAAAAGUUUUUUUUUCUUAAAAAAAAAAAAAAACGUUACGUGAAUAGUGUUGUUUACCAGAAAUAACCUAUGCUACAAGAGUAUUGUUUAAAAUCAACAUGUAUUUUUGACGAUUACAAAACAGCUUGACAAGAAUAAUGGAAUUUUACCAUAAAAGUUGUAAUAUUAAAGAAGUAAGGUCAUAUUUUUGUAUGGGAAAACAACAAUAAAGUUGCAUUUUUCUACAGGAAAAAAACAGAAUGUUACAAGAGUAGUCGUUUCUCAGAAGAAAGCAAUGCUACCAGAGUAACAUUGUAGUAUUAUCAAAAAAGUUCUAAUGUUAUAUACAUAUACAUAUAAAGUAUGUCAUGUUAAACAACCUUAGUGGAUGGUAACUGAUGUUUGACUGUAUUUAAUUAAUCAUCAAGCAGGCACACAAUUUCUUAACAAAAAGGCUAUCUGAUUGAUUUUUACAGUACAUUUGUGUCUUUUGCACUCUUUGUCAUUAGUUUUUGCACAGUAUACGGGAAUAUGAGAUGAAGUUGAAUACGUUUGGAUUCCAGUUGUUCAAGAAAUAACUCGCCAAGGUGGUGUCCGUGUGGGUUUUGCUGCCACAUCGCCGUCUUGGUAAACAAUCACGUCUUCAAUCAAGGUAAAAGUGACGUUAAAUGUUCAUUUUUCCCUUUCAUUCCAAACGUAUAUGCAUUUCAAAGUGUUUUCUGCGUGUAAAGCUAUAAUCGUGCAACUAUAAAAAUAUGUUUGUGUUAAUAUUUUUGGCUUUCUGGAACAAAUUAACUGGGUUUUCAUUAUUUUUUAGAGAAAAUAUUGAUUGGUUAGAGUACCUUUCAGAAAGAGCCGUACCUUCCCGAACAGAUUAAUGACGCUAACCAAGGUUCCACUGAACAGGCACUAUAAAAAUUGUUAUUUUUUUAAAUUGCAAAAUAAAAUAAUAACGUGUUAUCAUGAAAGUCGUAAUGUUAUGUCAUUAAGUUAAUUUAGCUUAAAGUUAUUAGUAUUAUGAAAAAAAGUUGUUAUGUAACGAUUUAUACAAUAAAAACCUGUUAGGUUAGAUUACGACAAAAAGCUAAAUGUUUCAUAUUUUUUUAAGUUUUCAUUGUGGCCCUAGUCAGCCUUUGCUUUUAUGUUAGUGUUCAUUUAUACAACUUUUCACCUCCUGAUUUAAGGAAGAUAAAAAAAAAAAACACCUCACACAUCCACCUGUGAUACUUCCCCAUAACCUCCUUGCGUCUUCCACUCCCUCCCUUUUGCUUUCUCCGUCUCGUGCCCAGUUUCAGUCUACAAGUCCCAACUUGUCGGAGAAUUAGGCGAACCGUGCACUCCUUUACUCCACAAUCCUUCUGAGCAAUCACAACGUGCCCUGCUCAAAGGCUGCAGCAGGGCGUGUUGGCUUUGCAGACCACAGAACAGGAAGAUUGACAUCUUGCCGCACCGCCGCUGCAACCUCCACACUCCUUUUAUGGGCCUCAUUCUAAUAAACGGUCCUUUCAACCUGGGGUUCUCAAAUGCUGUCAACCCAGCACCCACCUUUUCCAAUGGUCAUUAAGUUGCAACCCACUUUUGUUGAAGUUUGUAAUUAUGUUGUUUGUUACUGUAAAUCUUUUGAAACAAUCCACAAAUUCUAUGUAUUAUAAAAAGUCAAUUUUAGAUUCAUUUUGUAAGGCAUUUCAUUAAAGAAAUUAGGAGGAACAUGAGAACUGCAUGCAUACAAAUAAUCCAUGCAUUCAAAUUAAAUAUCAGAAUUGCUGUAAAUAAGACGACAAAAUCAAAUAUUCCACUUUUAACUGUGCAAUGCGUAUAUAUUAAGGAGGAAGAUGAAAAAUGCCUAUAUUGACUAGAAUUUUAAUUCAAAAUUUAAAAAAACAAGUCAGGCAACAUACAGUGGUGUGAAAAAAUGUUUGCCCCCUUCCUGAUUUCUUAUUUUUUUGCAUGUUUGUCACACUGAAAUAUUUCAGAUCAUGAAACAAAUUUGAAUAUUAGUCAAUGACAACACAACUGAACACAAAAUCCAGUUUUUAAAUUAAACUUUUUAUUAUGAAGGGAGAAAAAAAAAUCCAAACCUACAUGGCCCUGUGUGAAAAAGUGAUUUCCUCCCUGUGAAAACAUAACUUAACUGAGAUUCAUUGAGCUCUAUCAGUUUGGAAAAGGCUAUAAAGCCAUUUCUAAAGCUUUGGGACUCCAGCGAACCACAGUGAAAGCCAUUAUCCACAAAUAGCAAAAACAUGGAACAGUGGUGAAUCUUCCCAGGAGUGGAAGGCCAACCAAAAUGACUCCAAGAGCACAGCGAUGACUCACCCAAGAGGUCCCAAAAGACUAUGUAAAAUAUAUAACAUACUCUGUGGUCUGACGAGACAAAAGUUGAACUUUUUGGAAGGUGUGUGUCUCAUCACAUCUGGUCUAAAAGUAAUGCCGCAUUUCAGAAAAAGAACAUCAUACCAACAGUAAAAUAUGGUGGUGGUAGUGUGGUGGUCUGAGGAUGUUUUGCUGCUUCAGGACCUGGAAGACUUGCUGUGAUAAAUCCUGAAGGAGAAUGUCCAGCCACCUGUUUGCAUAGGGUUGUCCGAUAAUAUCGGCCACCGAUAAUUAUCGGCCCGAUAUUGGCAUAAAAAUGUGAUAACAGCCAACAUCUGUAUAGUUUUUUUCCCCCAAAUUGAAAGCCAAUAUGGUGGGGUUUUUUUUUUCGAGCUCCAACAUUGCUGAAUCCUGUAGUUAAGAGGAAAAAGUAACUCUUUAUUUAGCAAGCAGAAUAACAACGGAGCUCACAAUGAA